GGAUCGCUGACGGGGAGGGCGUGCUGGAGCUGACGAGAUGACGUCACUACCACCGUCCAUCGACGCCGCAAGCUGUGACGCCACGGCGGGCGACGCUAGCGCCACCGACGGCCAGCGGCGGAAGCGCUACUCCAAGCCGCGCGCUCGCGCCCGCAGCCCCACGCAGGUGGUGCGCCUGCGGCGUUUGCGGCGCGCGAAGGCCAACGACCGCGAGCGAAACCGGAUGCACAUGCUGAACCACGCGCUGGAGAAGCUGCGCACCGUCUUGCCGGCCUUCCCGGAGGAGACGCGGCUCACCAAGAUCGAGACGCUCCGCUUCGCCAACAGCUACAUCGUGGCGCUGUCCAGGACGCUGGAGGCGGCCGGCAGCGUCAGCGGCAGCGGCGGCGGCGGCGGCGUUCGGGACGUGGACGGCAGCGUUUUGCUGGCGGUUGGCAACGUCACGGUUCGACUGGGACGGGAGGGUAACACGGUGAGCCCGCAGCCCAGCGCUCAGGGACUGGCCGCCGACCCGGGGGUCUUCGGCGCGCCCACGAGCUGCGCGGUCAAGGUCGAGCCCGGACACAUAUUCUCCAGCCACGGCGGCGGCAUGUUCGGCUUCAUGGAGCCGGCGCCCUCCGGCUACCCGGAUCACGUGACCGCUGCGGGCGGUUUUGCCGCGUGGCCUCAGGCGCUGGAUUUCGAGCGGACGGCGGCCAAUCAGCCGCCGCCAUCGACAGGCCACGCCUACGACCUCAUGCAGACGUGUUACGCGACGGCGCCAGCGGCCCAACACGAGUUCGGCUGCAAUUUCAUGUUGUGAUGCGCAGAGGCGAACUCAGGAGUGCACAGAGUGGGGCAGCGAGGCCAGAGCGCGAGCUGGAGCGAUCGAAAGGGCUGUCAAGUUAUUUUCUGGAUUGUUUUCGGAUCGAAAUCGUUCAUGUGAUCUUCGUGUUCAAUGUUGAGUACUGCACCUCGAACUUUGCUCUUACUGGUAGCGUUGGUAAGCUAAGCACAAAGGAAAUAUGCGUAACAGAAAGAGCGUGGGUGCGUGACUCUCACACUGGAAGCAAUCAGUGUCGGAGAUGCUGAGUUAUAUACAAACUCGCGCCGAACAUAAUGGGAUCGUAUCAGGGUGGCCAGUUCUGUCAUGGUUAGAAGGUAGUCUGGUGUAAAAUGUGCGUAAGGAAUGCUAUUUAUAUUUCCGUAUGGGACGCAUGCAUUGUGUUUUCUGACGAUAUCAAUAUUGCUUUGUUUUAUACAUCAGCGAAUUGUUUGAUUUUACAAUAUAAUGCAAAGCUCAUCA